UUUGCUCCAUUUUUUUUUUGUUAUCGUAUGAAUAAAUUUGUUUUAGAUUCGCUUCGUCCCAAACAAAACCAAAAGAUACUAUUUCGGGUUUCAUUCGGUUAAAUAAUUCCCCCAUAUUUGAAAUUCUCCUCCAAAAUUAGGGUUCUGAUUUCCCAAGUAGAUAGACAUGUACAGAUUACUGAAUCAAGGUUUAUAGACUAUAAUCAUGUCCACCACAGGUACUGUAUCUGUUCAGUACCACCCAAUUGCUAGAUUUAUCGGCCUUGAGAAUGAUAAGUUCAGUGUGUUACAUCCAAAAUUGGAGUUUCGAAGCAAAUUUCUCGGAUUCAAUCUUUGCUCAACCGAUAAUACUCGCAAGGGAUGUAUUGGGAGAGUAAGUGCUGUACCGGAAGCUGAUGAUUUUUUCUGGGAGAAGGCGUUAACGCCUUUACUUGAUAUGGUUGAGACUCCGGUGCAUUUGAAGACUUUGUCUAUCAAGGAAUUAAAACAAUUAGCUGAUGAGAUACGUUCAGAGUUAUCUUUUAUUAUGUCGAAGAUGCCUAGACACUUUAAAGCCAGUCUAGCAACUGUGGAGCUGACCGUUGCAUUACAUCAUGUUUUUGAUUCUCCAACUGAUAAGAUAUUGUGGGAUGUGGGUCAACAGGCAUACGCACAUAAAAUUCUCACGGGUCGACGGUCCCUUAUGCAUACCCUGAGACAAAAGAAUGGUCUUUCGGGCUUUACAUCUCGCAUUGAGAGUGAAUUUGACGCAUUUGGUGCCGCACAUGGGUGCAACAGUAUAUCUGCUGGACUUGGGAUUGCUGUUGCACGGGAUAUUAAAGGAACGCAUGACCGCGUUGUCACUGUGAUAAGCAAUGAGACGACUAUGUCUGGACAGGUCUACGAGGCAAUGAGCAAUGCAGGAUAUCUGGACUCCAACAUGGUAGUUAUAUUGAAUGAUAGCAGACACUCUUUACAUCCAAAAUUAGAUGAGAAUCCCAAGUCAGCAAUAAACGCUCUCUCUAGUACUCUAAGCAAGCUUCAGUCUAGUAAAUCAUUUCGGAAAUUGAGGGAGGCUGCUAAGGGUGUCACUAAGAGAUUUGGAGGGCGUAUGCACGAAUUGGCAGCUAAAGUUGAUGAGUAUGCGCGUGGUAUGAUGGGUCCACGAGGAGCAACUCUUUUUGAAGAGCUUGGGUUGUAUUACAUUGGUCCAGUUGAUGGACACAACGUUGAAGAUUUAAUUUGUGUCCUCCAACAAGUAGCAUCGUUGGGUUCAACAGGGCCUGUAUUGGUGCACGUGAUAACAGAGGAAAUGCUGGGUUUAGAAGAUGACCAGCAAAAGGAGACUUCAAUCAAACAUCAAGGUUCCAGUAGCUCUGACUCAUUAGCUUCAUACCCGAAACUAAAUGGUAACAGUUUCUCGCGGACCUAUAGCGACUAUUUUGUGGAGGCUUUGGUAAUGGAGGCAGAGAGGGACAAAGAUAUUGUAGUUGUUCAAGCAGGCAUGGGAAUGGAUCCAUCAUUAAAACUCUUUCAGGAACGAUACCCCGACAUGUUUUUUGAUGUGGGAAUGGCCGAACAACAUGCAGUAACUUUUGCAGCUGGUUUGUCAUGCGGAGGAUUGAAGCCGUUUUGUGUAAUUCCAUCCACCUUCUUACAGAGAGCCUAUGAUCAGAUCAUCCACGAUGUUGAUCAGCAAAGAAUACCUGUGCGAUUUGCAAUCUCGAGUGCAGGACUAGUUGGAUCUGAUGGCCCUACACAAUGUGGGGCAUUUGACAUAACAUUCAUGUCAUGUUUGCCAAAUAUGAUAGUCAUGGCACCUUCCGAUGAGGAUGAGCUUGUGAACAUGGUGGCCACUGCAGUCCAAAUUGAUGACAGACCUGUUUGCUUCAGGUAUCCGAGAGGCGCUAUUGUUGGGAACAGCCUUAUUUGCAACGGGAUCCCUCUUGAGAUUGGAAAAGGAAAGAUUCUUGCAGAGGGUAAAGAUAUUGCUUUUUUGGGAUACGGGGUGAUGGUUCAGAACUGCUUGAAGGCUCGAUCUCUUCUCUCCAGCCUUGGUAUUCAAGUAACCGUUGCUGAUGCAAGGUUCUGCAAACCCCUUGACAUCAAGCUUGUUAGGCACCUUUGUGAAGAGCAUGAGUUUUUGAUAACUGUCGAGGAAGGCUCUGUGGGAGGGUUUGGGUCCCAUGUUGCACAAUUCAUUUCUCUUGAUGGGCAGCUUGAUAGAAGGGUGAAGUGGCGGCCAAUUGUUUUACCGGACAACUACAUAGAGCACGCAUCUCCAAAGGAGCAACUUGCUCUUGCAGGCCUGACUGGACAUCACAUUGCGGCUACAGCUUUGAGUCUGCUUGGACGAACCCGCGAUGCACUGUUGUUAAUGCGAUAGAGAGUUUAUAUAUCCAAUUAUCAUCUGGAUAAGAAACGGCUAUAUAAACGAAAACUGUUCAUGACCAUUAUUCCUUAAGUGUGGUUCGUAAAACUGAACCGAUAGUAAUCAAUUUCUUUGAUUCAUUUAUCAUGAGUACAUACUUGUAUUUAGAGUUGUCUUGUAGAGGUAAGCUUGUUAAGUGCUUACAGACUGAAAUUGUGCAUAGUUUGAAUGUAGCCUUUGUAUAAGAGAAUUGUACAGCUAAACCAAUGCGAAUUUAUGUAUUUAUCUCUAAAUCGAAGUUUUGAGUUUGCCUGUAUGUUAUUUCAGCUGCAGAUGGAAAUUCUAAGUCAAUAAAAUGGACAAUUAGGAA